AAGACACAAACAAACUCGCAAAAAGCAGCUGAGCUGACAUUUUUCCUCGUUUUUAGCUAAAUUUAGUCGUAUUUGGGCGCGUAAAAUGUCGGAUUGUUGCGAAAAGUAUCCCGAUUUCAUCGCGAUUUGCUCCUUUUUGAAUGUUUUCGGGCCACAAAUCGAAAAAACGGGCGAAGAUUCUGUUCCGUCGCCAUGUACGCUGAAGAAUUGGUUAGAAGGUGUUGAAACGGGACGUCCCACGAGAAAAUCCGUGAAUCGUGGAAGUCCCUUGACGAAAUUCAUUUUCACACUGCUGUCAAAGCUCACAAUUGAGCGCGAAAAAUGCAAAGAUGUCUCGGAUGUCGAUCGAUUUCUCGUCGCUUUCACUUUGACGCAAGGCAUGACCUACCAAUAUGCGCUGCUGCGUGACUGGGGCUUCGAAAAUAUUCCGCUAAAAGAGAAAAUCGCCAUUAUUCGACGUCUUCUCGAGGCACAACUGGACCAAAAUAAAAAUGUUAUCGAUUCGGCGAUGUUCGCCAAGGGUUUUGACAUUCGACACGAGCCACUCGGACGUGAUGUUGCGGGAAAUUUUUACUGGCACUUUGUCGAAGGGAGACACAGUUUGGUCGUGAAAGAGCUAAUUAACCCGAAAAGUGAGCCGUUGUGUCUCGUCGUGAAAAAUGAGGAAACCGCGCAAAUGUUGUUGGCGCAUAUUAAGCAGUACAAACCGCAGAAAAGUGAAAAAAAUGGGGAAAAAGUGAGAAAAAGUAAAACAGCGACGACGUGCGGCAGAUGCAGACAAAAUUUUAAAAAUGAACAAAUUUUGGAUGAAGCGAUUCGGUUUGACAACACGGAAUGGUUCUGUCCGAAUUGCGAACAGCAGAAAUUGAUUGAGAAUGUCACCGAAUUCUUUUUGACCGAAGAAUAACCGUAAAUUUUUUAAGUAGGCAAAAGCAGUGAUAGAAAAUGUUUUUGAUUUAAAGAAAUUUUUUAGGAAAUAGAAUUUCUUUGAUUACCAUUGAUAUUCGAAAAGUAAGAAAAUUUUAAUUUUUUUGUAGGUUUUUGA